AUGGACGGGGUGCACCUGAUCGCGAUCUGCGACCUGCCAGACUCCCUUAUGGACGGUCUUGACGGGGACCUGCGGACGUUCCUGGCGAGCCUGGACAACCGCGAGAUUUCGGGGAUCGUGGGGCGCUUCGCUGUGGACCCAGUCCGCAAGCGGGAGGUUGGCGACGGGGAGCAGCGGUUCGUGCAUCUCGCGUACAUGGGCAGCUGGAACGCGAGCACGGAGUGGCGGGACAUCGUGGAGCCACUGGCGGAGAGCGCGCUCUUUCCCUACUACAUGCUGCAGCAGAAGACCUACCGGGUGACGGCGACUGAAGCCGCACGAGGUGCCGGCAGGAUUCUUGGAGACUCGGGGCUUCCAGAGGGGGGGCGCACGAAAGGAGAGGACGGGCCGCCGGCCAAGAAGCGCAGCCGGAGACGGGAGACUCCGCAGACGCCGCGUGCGAGCAGCACGGAGGGAGCGCGAGGGCCAGCAGUAGCCGCGGGGAAGCGAAAAGGUAGUUCGCAGCAGGGGGGGCCGCCCAAACGGGCCUUCAGCGCGUCGCUGCGGAGUGCGGGUGGCACAGGAGCGGACGAGUCAGCGGGACGGGCCUGGGUACAGGGCCGGGGCACUCCGGCGGAUCGCCUGUCUCGCCUGCUUGUCGCAGUUACGACGCAGCUGCCAGCAAACGAGCAGCCCGCCGCUGACGUCACCAGUUUCACCUGGAUGGGGAUGAUUCAGAUGGCGUUGCAGGCGGUGGCGGACAACUCGGAAGGCGACUGCCCAACGAACGUAGAGUCCCUGCCGCUGAUCGGGCUGCUCGCAUAUUCCCUUUGA